UUUUUUUUAACACAAGUAAAGUUAUCGAUAAGGCAUCGUUUUUAGGACGUGUCGUGCCCCCCGCUUAGUAGAGUCAAGAGUCCGUAGCGCGAUCAGUUGGCCCCAAGCGCUCGCGCUGAGUGCGUGUCGACGUCUGCGCACGCGUUCGUUCACCCCCAGCUCGAUCGUCAGCUGUCAAAUUUGACGUUUCGUAAUCGGGGAGAAUCCAGGAUUACUAAGUAAUCAAAGUACAUUUAAACCAACUAACUGAAGACACUGCUCUAACAAGAAUUCCGACUUGCGUAAAAAUGUUUUGACGUGCCCGCUUGUGUUGUGUUAGUGAUGAUUUCUGAUUGUAUCGAGUGCUGUGUUUUGUGUAAACUAGUUUCGAAGAUUCGUCGUUGUUAUGCUGUUAUCAUGUAAUGUCGUUCGACGCUGAUAUGUCUAUAAUUAGCGACCUACGAUGGCUGCAGGACGAGGAGUUGUUUGCUCUUUCGUUGCAAAACGAGAUCGAAGCGGCGGAGGCGUGCAAAUGGCUACGAGCCGCCGGCUUCCCACAAUACGCGCAGAUGUACGAAGACCUUCAGUUUCCCAUCGACGUGUCGGGGGUACAGAACGACCACCCAUUUCUGGAUGCGGAUUCUUUGCAGUCCCUCUUCAGGCGGCUGACUGCACUCAACCGAUGCGCCAACAUGAAGCUGGAGCACCAUCACCAUCAGAAGAGAUCGAACGAUUCUGACGAUGACCAAUGCGCGCUCAGCGACAAAUGGCAGUACGAGAGGAAGUCACGGCGGUGGUCGCGGGUCGUCGAGAUCACACCGCAGGCGCAGCGGAGAUUACAGGUGAUAGCCGCAAGAGCGAUAGCAGAGAGAGAAGCAAGAGAAGCGAGAGGGGAAGAAGAGGACGAUGAGGACGACACUCUUCCCACCAUCAGAGUGGGACUGGUGGAUGCUGAUGGGCACUACACAGAUGUUGAACCUGACUUACUAACAGUACCAGGCCAACCAAUGAUACAGUUACCAAGUGACAAGGAGGAUGAAGAAGAAAAUGGCACUAGAUUUAGAAGAACCGGCUCAGAACGACUCCGGGACGGCGCGAAAGCCUUGCUCAGACGUGUAGAAUCCCUCAAAACUAGAAGAAGAAAACGGCAAAACAGAACCGAAGUUAUUGUCUCAUCUCCCCACUUUUUAGAUACACAAACAGAUCGAUAUCCAGAUUUAAAUUACAUUGACAUGACUCCCACAACUCCUACAGCGUUUCCUUUUCCAGAUUUUACUAGUUCUCCUUUACAUGCUCCAGCUAUUCGAACUCAACCUCCUUCACCUAUGACUAUUAUGCCACCAUCUCCCAUCGCUCCGCUGGAGCAGUCCUUUGUUUUAAAUCAUCCAUUUGGAGACGAUAGCUCUAGUUAUGCUUCAGACGGAAGUAUGGGGUCGAGUAAUAAGAGUUCUAAGUCAAAAUUAGGAAAGGCGAAGCGCAUUUUCCACAGAGGGAUUAAGAAUGAUGACAGUGCACUGAGUGACUCGGAAUGCCAACCGGCCAGCUGGAGGCAUAAUUAUUAUAGGGAUCAUAAUACUCAUCACAAUACUGAGGUGUACGUGGAACCUCCGUCACCAAUAGAACUCAAGCCAGACCCGGCGGUGCUGAAGGAGGUACAGAAGUCCCCUGGACACACAACGCAUAGACGACAGGCUAUUCGCACCAGCUCACUAAACCUGGGGAAAGACGUACAGAAAUUUAGAGACAGAAGUUUGAAGCGAGACAAGUCAGCAUCGAGGAGUUCUGAACUCGAGGACAGUCCCAAUUCUGCGGGGUCACGGUCUCAUGACGGCGACCAGGACGAUGAUGAUGACAGCGUUGACAUUAAGUCGAAAAAAAAUAACAUUCAGAGGUGGUAUUCAUUCCGGACGACUACGCUAAACGGUGGUCCAAAAGCCCACAAUACCCUGCAGCCAGUAACCAAUCAAAAGGAUCCAGAAGCAUAUUUGUCUAGACCUAUGUCAUCUCUAUCCUGCGGGCAGCUGCACAUCUUGCGAAAACUGGCGCUGCUUCGACUCACCGCGUGUAUGGAGCGGUACUGCCCUUCACACAAGUCCGGUUGGAACUGGGAACUACCAAAGCUAAUUAGAAAGAUCAAGACUCCUGACUAUAAAGAUAAAACCGUUUUCGGCGUGCCCCUCACUGUGUCGCUGCAGAGGACAGGCCAUUCUUUGCCGAAGCCCAUACAGUGCGCACUCAAUUGGUUGAAAAACAACGCCCUCGACCAGAUGGGUAUCUUCCGGAAAGCCGGUGUCAAGUCAAGAAUAGCGAAGCUACGCACAUUGGUCGAAAGCGCAGGGGCCGUGAACGCCGCGUUCGCUAUUGAAAACAUGAACACAGUGGACCCUCACCAGUCGAGCCUAAACUUCGACGGCGCCCAAGCCCACGACGUGGCCGAUAUGGUGAAACAGUACUUCAGAGAGUUGCCUGAUGCGCUGCUGACGAAUAAGCUUAGUGAAACGUUCAUUGCGAUAUUUCAACACGUACCAGAACCUCUCAGGCCUGACGCAGUACAGUGCGCAUUACUCUUGCUGCCUGAAGAACACUUGGAGGCAUUGCAGUCCCUACUAAUAUUCCUUGCCGAGGUUGCGGAACAUUCGGCGGUGAACCAGAUGACAGCGUCUAACUUGGCUGUAUGUUUGGCCCCCACGCUGCUAAGGCUUCAUCACGCGCCGCCACAGACUGGCAGUACAAAAGAAGGAAAUUCAAAUCGAAUGGUGAUAGAAAGUGUGGCCGAUCAGCGUCAAAUCAGCGAAAGUCGCGCAGCUCAUGCAUGUCUCCUACUACUCAUUCAGAAGCACGAGCAGCUGUUUUUGGCGCCAGCGGACAUGCUUGCGCGGUGCAAGUUCAACUAUUUCGAGGAGAGUGUGCCUGUUGCGCUAGAAGAAUUAGGAGCAGAUUUCAACCAAGACUGGAAAGGUUUUCAACAAGCCUGCAUCAAAGCUUUACUAAAAGAAGCCAAAGAAAAAACAAGAGGAUGGAUGUCAGUGUCCGGGGCAGCGCCUCACGUGGAGUUGUGCUGCAAGAAGGUCGGCGAUGGCCACCCUCUGCGGCUGUGGAGGGCUACCACGGACGUGGAGGCUCCGCCGCAGGAGGUUAUGCAAAGAAUUCUUCGCGAGCGUCACAUCUGGGACGACUCGUUAGUGAAGUGGCGGGUCGCCGAGAAGCUCGGCACUAACGCAGAGGUUUUCCAGUUCAUAACGGCCUCAAGCAUCAACCUGCCAGCAAGAGAUUACUGUGUUUUGAGAUCCUGGCAGCAAGGCGGCGGUGGCGGAGGUUGGUGCGCGGUGGCCGAGACUUCGGUCGCGCACGGCAACCAGCCCACCGACGGCUCCCGCGGCGUGGUGCUCGCGUCGCGCUACCUCGCACAGCCGGCCGGCAAGGGCCGCAGCCGACUGGUGCAUCUGGCCAGGGUUGACACUAUGGGGCGGACUCCAGAAUGGUACAACAAAUGCUAUGGUCACAUAUGUGCGCUAUAUUUGGCACGAAUUCGGGCCUCGUUCAAGCACAACACCGAAGGACCAGAGUCGAAUGUAUGAUCCAAGCAUUCCACUUAAGCCGGCAAUGUAGCGCCAGCUUAAGUUUGACGUGAAGGGACGUCAGUGUGUACAUAGCCUUAUUUUAAAGGCAUAAUUUUAAACUUCGGGGAAUUCCUAGAAACAAUGCAUAGUCGUGCAUCAUGAGAUGUCUCAAUGUAGUUCUCAUCAUAGUUCUUAAGCACAAGGGAAUUACUUAAUAAGAAUAUUGAGGAUGAAAAAUUGUUAUUACUCAUUGUACUGAAGGGACUUUUCUUGUAAUUAUUGUAAGAAAAUACUUGACAGUGUAAAUGCGAUGUUACUUUAGAGAAACCCAGGUGUUCUAUGAACCUACAAAUUAAUUAAUAAGAUUGAAUAACCAUUCUUACGCUUGAACACGUAAAACCGAGAGUUUUCAUGUGAUGAAUAUUAAAGUAAAAUAAUUAGCAUAUUACCUAUAGAAAGAAAGAUAUUUUAAUAUCAGUUGACUAAACUACCCACCAGCGUUCGAUUUCAGUUGCCUCAAAAUGCAACACUGGGCUGCAUUAAACUGAUUAUUUAAAUAUGUAGUAGUGCAAUUCAGAAUGCAAAAUUCCCCAGCCGUCACACCAUUUAAAAUCUAGCGUGUUCAUUGUUUCCUAAAUCAAUUUUAUGUAAUAAUGUAGGUUUCCGUUUCCUGUUCCAUGACAACUAUAGGUACCUACAAUGAAUAUUAUCCCUUUUACCCAACAUACCUAAACAAAUAUAUAGCAUGUUACAUUAUCAAGUUGGCAAAACAAAAAGGCUGCUAUUU